GAAUCAAAACAGUACCGAAGGCAGCGCAAGGAGGGAGCUAUUUAUUCUUUCUUUAACACUCUUCACUUCACUAUUCACACUCUUCGCCACCUUCUCAACUCUUUCAAUUCUUUUCGCAUACUCGCACCCACCUCCAUGGCAACCAACACGUUUAACGGAGGAUCACUUUCCGCACGUCUCCAGUUCAAUCAGAGAUUGACAUUUAAUGCAGUUCCUAGUCCGAGGUUUAGCUCAAUUUCAAGCUAUGGGAGGAGGAAUGUUUCUUUUAGCUCGAAGCCGCGCUCAACUUGCAUUCGGGUUUCCUGUGCUGCUAAACCGGAGACAGUACAAAAGGUGUGCAAAAUAGUGAAGAACCAGCUGGCUCUACCAGAUGACUCUACAGUCACCGGAGAGUCAACAUUCGCAGCUCUUGGAGCUGAUUCACUUGACACUGUUGAGAUCGUGAUGGGGCUUGAGGAGGAAUUUGGUAUCAGUGUAGAAGAAGAUAGUGCACAGAGCAUCUCAACGGUUCAGGAUGCUGCAGAUCUUAUCGAGGAGAUCAUCAGUAAACAGAGUCCUUAGUAAACAUGAUAAAAAAACAUCUCUUGUAGGCAUUCAUAGUUUUCCAUUGUAGUAUUUGUAGUAUGGGGUAAUUGAUUAAGUGUUUUAUCUGCAUAUUCUACUUGUUAAGCCUGGUUUAGGUUUGAAAAAAAAAUAAAAAAUUGCGGGGCGAAAUUGUGUGAAGAGUGUGGUUUUCACAUUUGACGAUUUCAGUGGACGGUAUGCCUUUGUAAUAAUUACGAUAAAUAAUUAGCUGUCCGAAUCAGGAGUCCUAGUUUUGCUUAAAAUUUUAUCUUUGAA